AUGGCUCAAUGCAAAACAGCAACUAGAUGGAAUUUCAAACAUCAGCAAUUAAUUGACGCUGAUAUGAAAAUUCUUGCAAAUGAGUUAAAAACAAAUACAAAUUGCAAAGAACUCAUUCUUCAGCGUAAUGAAAUCACUUCAAAAGGUGCUCAAUACUUAGCUGAAAUGUUAAAAGUAAAUUGUACGUUGCAAUUAAUUUGGCUUGGCUGGAAUGAAAUUGGGGAUAAAGAAGUACGAUCAUUAUUUGUAUCUGCCACUACUAAAAUAGAAAAAAUUACUGAUAAUGGUAAUGAACAGCUUGAAGGUACUAUUUUUGAUAAUAAGGAGUUGAUGUAUGUUAGUGAUCAUCAUACAAAUGAAUUACGAACAUAUCUAACAAGUUCUCUUAUUAGUACAAAUGUUGCUGAACAACGUGGUACUAAUCCAUAUGCACUUAAUUGUCUUGAUUAUUCAUUUAGUUUUGAUGUUGAAGAUAAUUUCAGUCUUUAUAUAGCUGAUGAAAAUAAUGAGAGUUAUGAAAUGACCUCGAAAUUCAACAACUGA